CAUCAAUUUCAGUCGCCCGUCGAACGCCGAACUAAACGGACGUGUUUUUCAUUUUGUUCUUCUCUGCCUCUGCAUCGAAAGAAAAGGAAUGGAUUUUUGCGAAUUUGGCAUAAACAGUAGCAGUAACAGUUAUAGCACGGGUACGAGAAACACAAAACUCUCGGCCGGCCGAAACUGAUAAGUGCAACUUGUGAAAUUGAUAUUGGAGCAUGAGCCCUUGAUUGAAAUGCGCGGAAGUUUCCACUUGUCGAACAGUCGGAGCUAUCAGAGCCGCAGCCCAACGCAAACCUACAGGUGCCCCAACAGCAGUAUUAGUCGACGACGUCGCCACUAUAGCUAAUUGUGAGCCAUUAAUUGAUUGGCAGCGCACAGCGCACCACCGGAUUCACCGGCUCCACCGACUCACCAGACACGCCCCCUUUUUAAGGCGGCAUCCUUUAGCCCCCCCGAAAACCGAAAUAAAAUAGAAAUCCAAUAAAAAAAAACACAAAUCGAGAUGAAGGUCCAGCAGGAGGAGCAGCUGGUGCCGCCGGCCUACAUGCCCACCGUAAUUAGUAAGGACACAUCCAAGGAUUCACACGCCAAGAAGGAGAAGCCGCUGGGCGAAGGGCGUGUGGCCGUCCUGCGGCAAGAGCUCAUGGUCUUCCUGGGCAACAGCGGUGUGCUCGGCUCCGGCAUGGUGGUCAGCAUGCCCGCCGUCACUCUCACACAGCUCCACGACGAAACUCAGCCCUUUUGGCUCAACAAGGACGAGUCCAGCUGGUUUGCAUCCAUUCAGAACAUGGCCUGUCCUUUGGGAGGACUGCUGGUCAGCUACUUCCUGGAUCGCAUUGGCCGCAAAUACACCAUCCUGCUGACGAAUUUAAUAGGACUGAUUGGUUGGAUAUUGCUGGUGACCAGUUUUAUGCACUCCGAUCGCGACAUGAUCUAUUACCAAAUGCUGGUAGGUCGUUGUUUUGGUGGAAUAAUGAUCGGCAUGUUCGUAUCGCCAGUGGGUGUGUAUUCCGCGGAGAUAAGUUUGCCCAGGAUACGGGGUCGCCUGAUCCUGGGCACAUCGCUGGGCUUGGCCAGUGGAAUCCUACUGAUGUACGUCCUGGGAUACUUCAUACGCCACAAUAUCCAGCUGAUCUUUGCGAUUAGUUGCUGUUACCAAUUGGCGGCCACCCUGCUCGUCUUUCCCAUGCCGGAGUCCCCCAGCUGGCUGAUGACCAGGGGAAAAGAGGAGAGGGCCAGGAAAUCGCUCAGAUACUUCCGCGGUCUGCCCAAAAAAGAGGUGGACUACGUACCCGAAUUCGAGACGGAACUGGCGCACAUGAAGGAGUUGGCGGAAGCGAGCAAUACCACCGCCGCGGGCGAAUCACUGAGCCAGAUGAUCCAUCGUCCGGAGGUCUACAAGCCGGUGCUGAUGAUGACCACCUUCUUUGGGUUCCAGCAGGCCUGCGGUGUGGUGGUGAUCAUCGUCUACGCCGUGCAGAUCGCCCAGCAGGCGGGCGUUACCAUUGAUCCCGUCCUGGUGGCCGUGAUGCUGGGCGUGGCCCGGAUCAUCACGACGCUUUUCAUGAGCGGCAUCUUCGAGAAGUGGGGUCGCAAGCCGGCUGGGAUUUUCUCGGCCACCGGAAUGGGUUGCUGCAUGCUGCUUUUGGCCGGCGGUAACUGGUUUCCAGACACAUUGGGCACCUGGCAUUGGCUGCCGGUGGCCUGCAUUGUGGCCCACAUCGUGUUCUCCACCAUGGGCAUGCUAACACUGCCCUUCUUCAUGAUCUCCGAGGUUUUCCCGCAGCGGGCAAGGGGGAGUGCCUCCGGCAUAGCCAUAUUCUUCGGCAUGAUCCUGGCCUUCAUCAUGCUGAAGAUCUACCCGAACAUGGAGGCAGUCCUGGGCACGGCCAAUCUGUUCGCCUUCUAUGCGGGCAUCUCAUUUCUGGCGGCCGCCUUCAUCGGCACCUUCGUCCCGGAGACGAGGGGCAGGACGCUCGAGGAGCUGGAGGAGCGAUGGCAGACCGGCAAGUUCACGCGCCGACUCACAGUCAACAAUCUGAAGGACGUGGAGCUGCACGAGGUUUUCCUGAAGAAAUAACAACAAAUCACUAUUCGAACGAUAAAAAAAAAAGGACAAACCUGGGGGUUAUAGUAUAGUUUCACCCACACAUUCGAACGCAUUCACAUUCAAAGAGGAACAUUUGAUGGGUAAAUAUUUAAUAUAAGCAAUGCUAGUUUGUUGGUAAAAUCACUUUCAUUCAAAAUUUCCAAAUUUUUUUAGAAGCUUACUUUUUAUUUUGCAUAAAACCGUUGUUUAAUUAUAUAUUUAUAUAUAAUUUAAAUGUGAAUGUCGGUGAAUUUGCUUGUGGAACUCGCAUUUCCAUUAGAAAAAGGGGUCGGGGUAUUCAAUCUGUGAUGUAUUAGGUACUUAGCCUUGACAGCCAUGGAAUGCGGCAGUUUGAUAAACAAUAAAACCAAUUACCAAGUAAACAAAAGUCAAUUGAAAAGGGCAUGUUGCAGCUACGAUCGGUGAAAAUGAUGCAGGACAUAUUGAUCGGGCAACAAUGAAAUUUCACACAUUUAUACAUAAUUUUUUGUUGUUUUUUUUUUUAUUUUUAUACUUUUACACCUUGUAUUAUUGUUAAUAAAAACACUAUAAAAAACUGCUAUUUGCAACAUACAACAUAACAACACAAGCCAAGAACUUUUAAAUCUUUUCUGGGUUAUUGCAAUCUUUUGUUUGCAUUCGCUUAAACCUCGAAUGAUCAGAUUAUUAUUACGACUGCCUUGAUUUGAUUUCUUAAAAAAGUUAAUCAGCAGAUUUGUUUGCAAUUGAAUUGUCUGUAAUAGAUAACAGAUUUGAAAUGCAGCAAAAUUAUGAGGAUUAAGUAUAGUAAAGUAAUGUGGCAAAAAAAUAAAACAUAAAAUUUGUGUUUAACAAAAA